UUUAAAAUUAUUUUUAUAAAAUUUAAUGACAUACAUUAAAAUUGCGUAAAUUACCGUAAUAGCACCGAAGUCAGAAGGAAAAAGAAUCGCAAAAGAUUCAGUAUAAUCUUUAAUUGUUUUUGAGGCACUUUUAGCUUUAUCAACAAUAUUUUUGGUGGUGGUGACAAGAGGUGUGGUGGUGUUAUGAGGAAUAAUGGUGGUGGUGGUGUUUUUGUUUGA